AUAAAUCGAGCGCCAUUUUCUCUUUCUGGCUCUGGAUGAGGAGCGGGCGGCGGCGGCGGGCGCUGCGCGCAGGGUCUGAGCCGAGGUCGGUCCCGGGCUCCGGCGAUGUCGUUGCCGCUGUUGCCGCCGCCGCCCUCGUGGGGCGCGGAGUGAGCGCGGCGGCAGGCGGAGGAGGAGCCACGGGGCAGGGUGCCUGUUCCAUAUCCACUCCAGUGGUAUCAGAAUGCCUUCUACACGUCUUAUUGAUAAAAAACAUUAGAAAACAAGACUAGCAGCUGUCAAAUGGGGCUUCCUCUCCAUUUCUCUCUCCACACCUUUCCUUUGGGGAAAAAAGAAGAGGAGAAUAGCAUGAAAAGUGCAAAAUGUUUCAAAUUCCUGUUCAAAAUCUUGAUAAUAUCAGGAAGGCUCGAAAAAAGGUGAAGGGCAUUCUUGUGGAUCUUGGACUUGACAGCUGCAGGGAAUUGUUGAAGAAUCUUAAAACUUUUGACCCAGGUGAAAAACACUUUUGUAACACUUCAUGGAGUGAUGUCUCUCCUUGGGAGCCUGUGGGCAAAAGGAAGAGAUACAGAACAAAGCCGUACUGCUGUAGCUUAUGCAAGUUCUCGUCAAAAUUACUUACUUCAUUCAAGAAUCACUUGCAUCGUUACCAUGAGGAUGAAAUGGACCAAGAGCUGGUGGUUUCUUGCCCAAAAUGUGCAUUUGCUUCUGAUCCCAAAAUAGUGGGAAAACAUAUCCGGAUGUUUCAUUCAUCUAAUAAAAGAAUACAGAACUAUACAGUCAGCAUUUUGGAUGGCAUGAAACAGUUCAGGAGUGACAUUAUAAACUUUACAUGCCUAAAAUGUCACUUUACAGACACUUUGUAUUACAAUAUGAAGAAACAUGUGUUGAUGAACCAUUUUCAAAACCUAAUAAGUACAUAUUUUGGCCAGAAACCUGAUGAAAGUAAAGAGAAUUCUGUUGAGCACUACUGUAAAAAAUGUAAUGCUUCUGCAAACAGCCAAGAUUCUUUAAUGUACCAUGUCUUGACAGCUGAAAUACACAGAGACCUGGAGAACAAACUUCGGUCUGUGAUUUCAGAACAUAUUAAGAAACCAGGACUUGUGAAACAAAUGCAUAUUGCUCCAAAGCCUCCACAGGGCAUUGCGGUGGCUGCUCCAUCUGUAGGGCCUGCCACUGGCCCAGCAGGUUCUGUUGCAGCUCCAGCUUGCAUUCAGCUUGCAUUUCCGCCAAAUAAUCAAAAUCAGAGCGUGGUGCAGCCAAAAGCAGUUCAGAACACAGUCACAUCACUGACUGUCCCAAGUGCCUCUUGUAGCAUUCCACCUACAACUUCUGCUCCGGUUGUUGCCCCGUCACAUGUCACUCUUGUAUCUAGUAAGCUUCCUGUAGGUCAGAAUAAUGUUAAUAUUCAGACAUCACCUUCCCAGCCUGUCAUUGUUUCCCAUAGGCUCCCCCUUAAUCAGUCUGUGAAUGCUGGAGCUAUUCCUUCUGUUGGGACUGUAAAUCAAACUGUGGCCCCCGCAGUUCUUCCCCUUAACCAGCCUGGGCUCUUUCCUAUUAAUCAACCCAUUGGUGCUGUGAAUGGUCAGGUUGCAGCUGGAGUGCUGCCUGUUGCUCAGCCUGUCAGCUCUGUGAAUCAACCAGUUGCACCAGGAGUUCUUUCUGUCAACCAGUCGCUUGGGAAUGUGAACAGACCCAUUGGUCCUGGGGUCCUUCCCGUGGCCCAGACAGUUCCAUCAGGGGUUCUCCAGCUUAACCAGCCUGUUGCCUCAGGGGUUUUUCGUGUCAGACACCCUGUUAGGCCUGGCUUUCUUCAGCUCAAUCAGCCUGUUGGCCCAGCAGUUAUCCCAGUAAAUCAGCCAGUUCAGCCUGCAGUUCCUCAAAAUGCAACUUUUCUGACUGCAGGUUCUAUACUUAGGCAGCUGAUCCCAACUGGGAAGCAGGUCAAUGGCAUACCUACCUACACUCUUGCCCCCGUUUCGGUUACUUUGCCCGUGCCUCCUGGGGGUGGUGUAGCAACUGUUGCCCCCCCACAGGUGCCCAUCCAACUCAUGCAGUCUGGGACAGUAACCCAGUUGUCCCAGUCACCAGCUGGUGCACCCUCUCCUCCUAUGGUUUUAACGUCUCAGAAUGUAUCUAUACAAACCUCCCCACCAGGUCCUGAAACAAGACAGGCGAAGCAGUGGAAGACUUGCCCUGUUUGCAAUGAACUUUUCCCAUCGAAUGUCUACCAGGUGCACAUGGAGGUGGCCCACAAACACGGUGAAGUGAAAAUGGAGGAAACCUUGGAACCUGACAAACUUGCAGCUUGCGCACCCUUUUUAAGGUGGAUGACGGAAAAGACUGUCCGGUGUUUCUCUUGUAAAUGUUUUCUCUGUGAGGAAGAGCUUAUGAAACAUCUCUUGAUGCAUGGCUUAGCUUGCUUGUUUUGCACAGUUACUUUCCAUGACUUAAAAAGCCUUGUGGAGCACAACAAAACUACACACAACGGGAAAAAGCAGUUGCAUGCAGAUUAUAGCAACAGAGGAUUUCAACUAGGGAACGAUGCUCAGGGUGACCUUGUAUUUCCACACUUCGAUUUCAGUACAGUGUUACCAAAAGAAGACAUGGGUGAAAGAGAAGUACAUUUGGCAGUGCUUGCUGGAUUGAAUUCCAGGACACUUGUCCCUGUUUACAUCAAAGUGAAACCUCAGACAGCAGAAGUGAGCAACAGAAGCAACAAAAAGGUGUUAACCUGUCCCUUUUGCUUUGGUACGUUUGUUAGUAAAGAUAAGUAUGAAAUGCAUUUGAAAGAGCGGCAUCAUAUCAUGCCAACUGUACAUACAAUUUUGAAGUCUCCUGCUUUCAAGUGCAUCCACUGUUGUGGUGUGUACACUGGAAAUAUGACUCUGACAGCUAUUGCUGUGCAUUUGCUCCGUUGUAGAAGUGCUCCCAAAGAUAGCAACUCAAGCAUGAAGAUGCAGCUUGAGCGUUCUGAGAAGAAAGAGCUGCUAUUUGUGAAUGGAGAAAAGCAUGAUUCUCUGAUACUGAAAAGAAAGCAAUCUGAUUCCUGCUAUGUUGCAGAAGACCAAAGGAAUAAGGAACAGCAGCCUCUGAGCUUAAGUAUAGCUCUAACUCCAGAAAAUUCAGGGGUAGUGCCUUUCAAACGACAGAAGGUUCAUGGUAGGACUGAGAUGAAGAAGCUUCUUUCUAGUGAGGAUCUUUGCAUUCUAGCAGUAGAUCCUAAACAGUACGAUGAAAACUCAUACGAGGCUCAAAAACAGUUUUUGACAGACUACUUUCAUGAGAGGCCAUAUCCUUCUAAAAAAGAGAUAGAGUUACUUUCCUCACUCCUGUAUAUGUGGAAAAUUGAUGUUGCAUCGUUCUUUGGAAGAAGGAGGAAUACAUGCUUAAAGGCAAUUAAUAAUCACAAACCAGCUGUGCUGUUGGGUUUCAGUAUGUCUGAGCUAAAAAAUGUUAAGCACAGUAUGAAUAUAAAAGAUGAACCCUUACAUGUGUAAACAAGCUUUUUAUAACAGCUAAAAGCAAUCCGUAAUUGCAUACUUACACAUUUAACACUUUAUUGUAUUAUUUGUUUUAGCUUGCAGACUGGCCUGUUGAAGGAUACAGUAGUACAAAAAGUCUUAUUCAUCUGUGACUCUUACUAUGAAAGGCACACAUAGUUGGGUAUUUGAAAAAGCUGAAGUCUUCAGACUUCCACAUCUUUUUACUUUUUCUGUAAUAGCGUUUUUGGGUUUUUUUGUUUUCAUUUUGUUUUUGUUUUUGUUUUUUUUUUGUUCUGUUUCCCUUCCUACCUCUCCAGGCUUCCAUUAUGCUUUUUAUACCACCAUGUAAAACAUUUGUCCUGUUAAAAAGAAAUAUAAUUUCAUUUUUCUACAAUGUUGUCAUCUUUUCUAAACAAUAAAGUGUAUAAUGUUGGUUAAAGUACUGACGUAAACUAGGUGAAAAACAUCUAUAUUCAUUGCCCCUGCAAACUCCCUAUGCACUGGUAGCAGUAAAAGACAUGGCAAUGUUUUGGGGUUUUUUUCUUAGUCAAAGUAGCCAUGCCAGCCAGUUAAACAUGUUGACUUGUAAUAUCUAACUAGUAUUAACAUGGUGGGGAUUGAGGGGCUUGGGGGUGCUUGUUGAAGUGUUUUAAUUAACUGACUUGAAAUUGUUGUUAUUAUCUGUUAAUAGAUCUUGCUAAGCAGAAGUAUUUACUAUUUUUGUUGGUGUUGAAACUUGUUUUUUUAAAUACUUACUAUUCAGAGCUUGGUAGUGACAUUCGGUUUCUUUUUCAAAACCCAAAGCUGCUUUGGAGAGUGUCAGAUUGCUUUGAUACGUGGAGUAUAUGACAUCUGUUCACGUUACUUAUCUGUAGAAGCCCUGUCCAAAUAGCACUGAAGUUUGGUGAAAAACCUGAUUUUUAUUUGAAAUUACUGUUGCAUGAAGUAAUAACUGAGCAGUGCCUCCUUCCCAGCUUAUUACAUAUGUGGGUUGAAGUCCUUUGAGUCAGAAAUUGUACAAAUUGAAAUCAGAUUAGUUUCAAGAAUUUAAACCAUUGAGAACCUGAACCGGUGAUACUCGUGUAGUUUUUGUUUUUUGUUGUCCUAGAGAGAGCAUAAGAAUCAUAAAAUAAACUCAGACUAUCCUGUUUGAUAGGAAUUGGCAUUCCAGUUACAGAAAGGCUGUUGGGAAGGUUCACUUGAGUUGAAGAACAAACUAUAGUACCGGUGACUACAUUGGGGCCUUGUUUAGUACAAUCUUUCUCUCUGGGUAUGCUUAGUUUUAUCUGGCUUGUCAAGCACUGCCUCCAGUAAUCAUUAAUGACCUGGUAUAUAAUAAAUAAGCUAUAAUAUGCAUUUAAAAAAAAAAAAAUUCCUCCUCAUACCCCUCUCCCCAGCCUUAAAAAGAGCAGGCUCUUCUGUCAGUGCACUUGCUCCAGUGUUACAAGGCAUGGGUGAUGAUGCCCAAGCUUAGUUCUAUUUUUUAAGUAGUAAGCAUACUUUUGUUGUAUGCAGUAGUUUUUGAAGCAGAUACAGAGUUGCUUUUUUGUGCUGUUUCUAAAAGGCCGUGGCAUUUUUAGCCGACUUUGAUGACUUUCCAUCCAAGGUUAUAUAAGCUAUUUGAAAUUCUAUUUUGAAUACAAUCUUGAUAUUUUCCUAUUGAUAACUUCAAAGAGUGUUAAUCUAUAUGUAACAUACAGUUAACUUAAACCGGGAGAAUCUGCUAUUUGGAAAAACCUCAUCAUUUCAAAGCAGUGCUGAACAGUAUAAACACCAUUUAUGAGACUGUGUGUGUGCAGUCCAUCCCAAAGAAGGGCUAUGUGUAAGAAGCUGGGAGGAGUCUGACAGCGGAAAUCUGGGGAAAAGCUUUACACAAAUGGCUAAAGAUUGUCCUGGAAACAACAGUGUGGCUUGGAGUGGGGAGCUAGGAAGUAAUUUCAGGCUUCAUCCAUGCUUCAGGCAUCAAGGGAGCAGGUCAGUCUUACAACAGUUUUCCUACAUAGUGUCCAGUGAUGUUAAGCAUUUUAUUUAUUGGACUUCUGAUUUCACAGUUUCAAAUAAACCAGCUAACUGUCUUAACU